UUCUCAUUUAUCAUCAUCAUUUCCUUUCCUUCGUAUUCACCAACUUCCUCUUCCUUUCCCCACAGAGAGGCGGGGGCACGCGAGUGGGCGGAGCUUCUGGAAGUCCUUGCCUACGUGGUGUGUGGCGAAGACGGGGAAGUCACUGAGGACCUCUUCACGACCAUCCUCACGUCUAGGGGGGUGUUGGAGAAACUCUUUCGUCUCAUAAAUAAAGAUGGAGAUGGACUUGUAAGUCGGCAAGAAAUCAUGGACUUUAUCGCCAACCUCACCUAUGCUCGUCCGCGGACGGGCUUCACGCGCGAGAACCUGGAAUGGCUGGAGCAGCUCUUCCGCCAGGCUUUGGGGCACAAGCAGGAACUCUCCUUCGAUGACUUCAAGAAGAUCGUCCAUUCUCGGAACUCGUUCUUCGCCGAGCGGGUCUUCCAGAUCUUCGACAGGGACAACAGCGGCACCGUCUCCCUCUCAGAAUUCCUCGACGCCAUGCACCAGUUCGCCGGGAAAUCGCCCAACGACAAGAUCAAGUUCCUCUUCAAAGUGUAUGAUUUGGACGGGGACGGGCUCAUCCAGCAAAGCGAGCUGCAGAAGGUCAUGAAGGCGUGCAUGGAGGAAAACGGCAUGAAGUUCAGCGACGACCAGAUCGAGGACCUGACCCUGGCGCUGUUCGAGGACGCCGACACGCAGAGGACGGGCGCCAUCACCUACGAGUCCCUGAAGGCACAGCUGGAGAAACACGAUGGCCUGCUGGAGAACCUGUCGAUCAGCAUCGACCGCUGGCUCGUUCCUCCCAACAUCCGGACGGAGAAGGAAUCGAUCUGGAAACGAGUGGCCAAGCUAAGGCCCUAUCAGCUGACGUUGCCUUACCUUAAGAACAACUACGUCUACCUGAUUUUCCUCCUGGUGUACAUAUCCAUCAACUUGGGUCUGUUCAUCUCCCGCGCCAUCGAAUACAGAAAGCAAAAUUGGUAUACGAUCUUCGCCAGAGCCUGUGGUCAGUGUCUGAACUUCAACUGCAUGUUCGUCCUAGUACUGAUGCUGCGACAGUGCAUCACGUAUCUCAGAUCACUAGGAGCUUCGGCCUUUCUGCCUCUGGACCAGCAUCUCUAUUUGCAUAAACUGUGCGGCUGGCUCAUCUUCAUCUUCUCCCUGAUACACACGCUGAUGCAUCUACUCAACUUUUCGCUGGUGAUCGCGCCGGCCUCCGAGUACACUUUGGCAGAGUGGUUGUUCACGAUGGAGCCCGAGAAGUUUGGGCUUCUGGAGGGCAUAGCCAACCCCACCGGCAUCGCCCUCAUGAUUAUCCUGACGCUGAUGGUUAUCUGCUCGCUGCCCUUCGUCCGCAAGUCCGGGUAUUUUGAGGUGUUCUACUGGACUCACCUGCUGUACGUGGCCUUCUGGAUCCUCACCAUCCUCCACGGACCCAACUUCUGGAAAUGGUUCGUCGCGCCGGGAAUUAUCUUCGUCAUCGAGAGAGUCCACCGCACGUUCAGGCUGCGCACAGGCCACGGCAAGACGUAUAUCAGCUCUGGUGUUCUGCUGCCGUCCAAGGUGAUCCACUUGGUAAUCAAGCGACCCGGAGGUUUCCAAUUCCAUCCCGGAGACUACGUGUUUGUCAACAUCCCGGCCAUCGCCAAGUACGAGUGGCAUCCGUUCACCAUUUCUUCGGCGCCGGAACAGGGAGACGCCGUUUGGCUACACAUCCGCGCCGUUGGAGAAUGGACCAACAGGCUCUACGGCUACUUCGAGCGCGAGCAGUUGAGGUGCGAGAGACAGAGGUGCGAGAUACAGGGGCAAACGUCCUCUGUGUCAGUGUUCAUGGCUGAUGGCGAGAAUGUGGAGGUGAGGAUGCAUCCGAGCAGCGAACUGCACUCACACGAUAAUUCCAAUAAGCUUGCAAUUACGAACGAAGUUGCUUCUACAGAAGGCGCGUCCUGCAGCACCGAGCAGACGGUCGAGAACGGCCACACUAACGAGGCCUUUGAACAUGACACCAACGGGAACGCGGUGGACCAAGAGGCAGCGGCGGCUCCCCCGAAGAACUACAAGCUCCUGGCGAACCACAAGAACCAGUCGGCGCCCAGCCUGGUUCACAACAACGUCAACGGGAAGAAAGUGCUCAUGAAGUCGCGAUCGGUUCCUGAUUUCGACAGGAAGGUCGAGAGGAGGAAAAAGAACCACAUACUGCUGAACAAUUUCCGUCCAAAGUCCGACCAGAAGUUCAACCAGAGCACCUUGAAUAAAGCUCUACAGGCGACCCUAGAUGGCGACAUCCUAGUGCCAUCGAGAAGAGAGCUUGCAAAGAGCUUUAGGUACAUGAGACGGAAGCCGAAAAUCAUCACGCUCGACCUCCCUUCGGAAUCCGAGGGCGAGGAGGAGGAGGAGGCAGCGGCGGACACUGUAGGGAAGGAGACCGUGCUUGCAGCCGAGGAGGGCAGAAAGAGCUACGCCGUGAGCCAAGAGGAACAGCGCCAGAGGAGGAAAUCGAGGCAAGAGGAAAGGCGGGUGAGGAAGAAGAGCAGGAUGGAGGAGGUCAUCGCCGAGGGAGGCUGCGCCGUCGGGAAGCCCCUGGUGAUUUACGUCGACGGUCCCUUUGGCGCGCCUUCCAGCCACAUCUUCCGAGCUCAACAUGCAGUGCUGAUUGGUACAGGCAUUGGAGUCACGCCCUUUGCCUCUAUCCUGCAGUCGAUCAUGCACAAGUACUGGAAGGCUCGUCACAUAUGCCCUAAUUGCAGUUAUUCAUGGACUAACGAUGUGCCUGAUAGUGUUAUGAAUCUUCGAAAGGUGGACUUCUUCUGGAUCAACCGAGACCAGCGUUCAUUCGAGUGGUUCGUGAACCUGUUGUCUCAGUUGGAGAUCGAACAGGCGGAACACGGCGGCGUGAUGGAGAGGUUCCUGGAUAUGCACAUGUACAUCACUUCAGCCCUUCAGAAAACCGACAUGAAGGCCGUGGGACUUCAGUUGGCUCUGGAUUUACUGCACGAGAAGGAAAAGCGAGAUCUCAUCACAGGAUUGAAAACACGUACAAAUGCUGGAAGACCAAAUUGGGAUAAAGUCUUCAAACAGCUGCAAAACCAACAGAAGGGAAAAAUCACCGUGUUUUACUGUGGCCCGCCUGCCCUUGCCCGCACUCUUCGCUAUAAGUGUGAUGAAUAUGGAUUCGAUUUCCGCAAAGAGAUUUUCUAAGUGAAAAUAUACUCGCAAGAUGGAGGAUCUUCUGUGGAAACAUAACUUAUAAGAGGAUCUAAGAGAGCCAAAAACAAAGGAAAAAGGAUCUGUGCAAGUUAUCUAGAGAAGAAGUAUUAAGGAGAGUGAUAUUCCCGAAGAGAAAUUUUACUCUAUCUGUGAAAAUGUCCAGAAGCAGAACUAUAAAAAAAGAAAAAUUAUUUGAAGAUAUGGAAAACGUUUUUUUUUUUUCUGUUUUCAUUUCUUUUGAUUCUUUUUUUUUAUAGAUUUUAGGUACGUUUUUAAUUUAUAUUUUAUAGUAACAAGUUUCUUUGCAGUGUAUCUGGUAGGAAUGUUACGUAAACAUUCAAUUUCUCCCGCCAAUACUUGACAGUAAGAUGAUAUCACAGUUAUACAACAAAUUCUAACUAAAAGACGUCCUUUGGCUUAUAUUGGCGAUUUGAUAACCAAAAAUGAAAGUUGAAAUUACCUGAAAAUAUAUUAGGACAAACCGUGUUAAUGAUCUUAUGUGUAUAUUUUGUCAGUUUGUUUGUCUGCUUCAGAUGCAUUUAAUGUCAGUUUUAUAAAUAUCUCAAUUCUCACUCUAAUUUACCUACUUGUGACCUUCCUAUAGUAGAAUGACUUGUUCGUUUUUUUUUCUGCAUUGUAACAUACAUUUACAUAAUACGUAGUGUAAUGUUUCGCUUGUGACACAGCCGGGUCUCGUAGGUUAUAUACUCGAGUUUAUUCUCACACUGUAAAUUCCACGUGUCUUUUUCCACAGACUUUGCUUGACUGUGAUUCCUUAAUGAUGUAGUUUUGAUGCCACUUUGAUCUGAUUCUGCUGCUAAAUUUUAUAUCAAUCCAGAUAGUUCCAUGACCCAUUAUAUUUAAAAUUCUUAGCAAAUUUUGAUUAUCGACUGUGGCGGCUCCUCUGUGUGUGUGUGUGUGUGUGUGUGUGUGUGUGUGUGUGUGUGUGUGUGUGUGUGUGUGUGUGUGUGUGUGUGUGUGUGUGUGUUCAUAAGCUUGUGUUUUUUUGUGGAAGCUCUUUUUAAAAAAUCUCGAACUGACCAACGAUUAGCCUUAAAAAAUACCAACAGAGCUAUUUUCUGAAGUAACAGUUUUUCCCAUUUUGCUGUGUUCUUAUCUGAAGAUCUUAUACGUUUUUGUAUUUGUAUUUAUGAUUAAGAAACCGAUUUUAUAAAAAUCUUGUAAAUCGUUGGAGACUGAUUUUGCGAAAUAGUUAGCGCUGGUUUGUGAUUAAUGAAGAAGAUAUUGGUGUAAAUAUAUUUUUCAUGUUUAUAAAUAUCUGAAGUGUGAAACACUAUUGUAAUGAUCUUAAAUACACAUUUUACUCUAAUUAAGUGAUAUUAUGUAGAAUAAUUAUGAAUAUCUGUCUUUCAAAAGUGUAGUUUUAGUAAGAUAAGGACAUUAUCAUUAGCAGAAUAUUAAGGUGCAUGUAUGUAUAAAUUUUGAUAUUUUUUAUACGUUUCCUUACAUGAAAUAAGAAGCCAGUGAAAUAGAUUUUUAUAUAUUAUAUUUUUCUCAACUAUAAUUAACGCUGAAAUAGAUAAGCAAUAUAUGUAUGUAUAUGUAUAUGUAUGUAUGUGUGUGUGUGUAUAUAUAUAUAUAUAUAUAUAUAUGAUACUCAAUGUUUUUGAAGACUAGGGCGUGUGCCAAAUAACAUAAGAUUUGUCUUAUGUUACAUAUGCAAAACAAAGCUAUUUGCUUACGGUGAAACAUAUUUGUCAAUGCUUGCUUCAUAACCAUUUAAAAAAGAAACAAGGUAUGUAAUACCGUGAUGGUAAAAAAACACAA